CAGAACAUUGUUUGCAAAUACGCUUCCCUAUAUACUCGCCACUCUGCAAAAGAAUAAAUGAUAAAAAAUAUAAGCUUCUAAUUUCCUAAAUCUAUUUUAUAAAGCAAAUUCCAUCUCCCAGUGAUCCUCAAGCAAGCUCACUGUACUUCCUUCAUUGGUCUCAGAUCCUGACCGUUAAGAACUGGGUUUUCUGCAUUUUGUAAAAGGGAUCCAAACCCAGUUCACAAGAUCACAGCUUUUUCUAUACUUCAUCUUCAUUUUGAGAUUUACAGGCUAAACCCUAAGCCAAAAUCCAUCUGGGUAUCCAUUCAGAUUAGUGUUUUCAAGAUUCUCCCUUUGAUAAUGGGACCCUACCAAGAUUAGAUUUUUUGAUUAGGGUUUUGGUUGAAGCUGUGUAAAAGUUGAGGGUUUUGGUUGGUGAGUGAAUAAAGAUGACACAAUUGCUGUUCUUGGUAGUGUUUGCUGAGGCAUUUGUGGCAUUUCUUCUGAUGGUGAAAAUUGGGCCACUAAGAGAGCUGGUGAUGAACUGUUUGGAUCAAGUGAAGAUGAGAAAAGGGACUGUGUUGACAAUUGCUGGUACAAUGUCUGUCAUAUUGUUUUCCAAUUGGAUUAGCAUUGUUAAAAUCCAGAAUAAGGGUGCUAAGAUUGGUACAAUGACACCAAUGGAUCAGGUUCUUUGGAGGACUCACUUGCUGGAGGCAUCUUUGAUGGGAUUUUCUCUGUAUCUUGGUUUCUUAAUUGAUCGCAUGCACCGUCAUCUUAGGAAACUAAUUAACUUGAGAAAAAACGGCGGUUCUUCAAAACAAGAAAUAGAAAAGCUCAACAAAGAAAAAACGGAGCUUCAAGAAAAUGAACGGAAAGCAAAGGAAGAAAUAAUAAGAUUGAAGAAGGAGAUAUCAAAUUUAACAGAGAAUUUACAGAAGAUAAAACUGGAGUCUAAAAAGAAAGAUGAACAAGUUGAAACCGCAGAAGCUCAUGUUACUUCCCUUCAAAAACAAUCUGCUGAUUUGCUUCUCGAAUAUGAUCGGCUUCUUGAAGAUAACCAACUUCUUCAGGCUAAAGUGUUGAGUUACAGGGGAUGAAGAAUCUUUCCGACCAAUUGAAAAUUUUGGGGUUGAUUUCAGAUUAUUCUCUGUUUGAACCAAUUAUUUUCAGAUUAUGUUGUUGUAUACAAACAGCUAAUGCUGAUCAAUCUGGAAAUGUUUUGCUACGGAAAAAUAAUUUUUUUAGUGUAAAAUAUUGGAUUUUUAAGA